ACACCGGCGGACACCCAGCGGACACCAGCGGACACCCAGCGGACACCAGCGGACACCCGGGGACCUCAUGGACAUAUUCUCCCCGAAGAUCAUGCAGCAGCCGCGGACACGGCGCGGCAGCAUUAAGCUGUUUGUCCUGUGCCACGGCCUCCUGCAAUUCUCUCAGCUGCUGUACAGCUCGUACUUCAAGAGCACCAUCACCACCAUUGAGAGACGCUAUGGCCUCAGCAGCUACUCCUCGGGAACCAUUUCCUCUCUCCACGAGAUCAGUAACAGUGUGCUGAUCGUGUUCGUGAGCUACUUCGGAAAUCGGGUUCACCGUCCUCGUGUCAUCGGAGUCGGAGGAUUACUGAUGGCCGUCAGUGCCAUGAUCCUGACCUUACCUCACUUCGUGUCCCAGCGCUACGAAUAUGGCUCAGUUUUAAACAAUCGCCAGGACAUUUGCAACCUGCAGCCGAAUUCGAGCGCUGUGGAGUCUUGCGGCCGUGAGGAGACCAGGCGUCUGACCGACACCAACAACCUGUGGCUGCUCAUGGCCACUGCUCAGCUGCUGUUUGGUGUUGGCUCGGUGCCCAUCCAGCCCUUUGGGAUUUCUUACAUCGAUGAUUUUGCAAGACCUGGCAACUCCCCUAUUUACAUAGCCAUCCUGUUUUCUGUAUCUGUGUUUGGGCCUGCCCUUGGUUACAUGCUGGGCUCCGUCAUCCUGCGGAUCUAUGUGGAUGUGGACAAACUGGGUUUCGGGGUCGAACACGAGCUGAUACCGGGUGAUCCUCGCUGGGUCGGGGCCUGGUGGAUUGGCCUGCUCAUCACCGCCGGCUGCCUCGUUCUCACAUCCAUCCCCUACUUCUUCUUCCCUCAUAGAAUGCCUUCAGAGGACAACGUGAUUGGAAGGGAAAAUGACAUAAAUGGUGACUUCAAGAAGAAGCCAGAUGUCUCUUUAUUUGAUUUCCUGAAAAUGUUUCCCAGAAUGUUCAUCCACCUCCUGUUGAGUCCCCUCUUCCUGAUGCUGGUCCUGGCCCAGUGCUGCUUCUCCUCAGUGAUUGCGGGUCUCUCGACGUUCCUCAACAAAUUUCUGGAGCGGCAGUACAGCACGUCGGCCUCCUACGGCAGCUUGCUCGUAGGUGCUGUGAAUCUGCCAGCAGUAGCAGUGGGGAUGCUGAUUGGUGGACUCAUCAUGAAGAAGGCGGGUCUUUCUCUGAAGACGAUCCCACGCUUCUCUGUGGUCAUGCUGACCACGUCCACCCUCAUCUGUAUCCCGCUGUUCUUCAUGGGCUGUCCCACCCAGAACGUCUACGAGGUCAAUCACUUUCAGAACGAACAGUCCAGGCCACUCUCCACGUGUAACUCCAACUGCUCCUGUCCUGCCAGCGCAUUCAACCCUGUGUGUGGGUCUGAUGGUAUCGAGUACAUCUCUCCUUGUCACGCAGGCUGCACCAACUUCACAAAAGAGCCCAGCAACAGCCUCAGGGUUCAGCUGUACACCGACUGCAGGUGUAUAUCUGGGGGCCAGGGUCACGCCCGUCCGGCUGGCUGCUCCAACAGCUGCCCUCAUUUACUUCUACCCGUCAUCCUCGUCAUCUCUCUGGCAUCACUCGUCGCCUGCUUCACUCAUAACCCCAUGUACAUGAUGCUGCUUAGAUGUGUUCCCUCUGAAGAGAAGUCAUUUGCUAUAGGAAUCCAGUUUUUACUCAUGAGGGUAUUAGCCUGGCUGCCUGCCCCCGCUCUCUUCGGGAUGGCCAUUGAUUCGUCCUGUAUCUGGUGGAAGCGCGUGUGCGGAAAGAACUUUAGCUGUGGUUACUAUGACAACAACAUCUUGAGGAACCGAUACCUGGGCCUGCAGGUGGGUUAUAAGGUGAUGGGCAUCGUGCUGCUGAUGAUGCUGGGGUGGAAGGUGCAUCGGACCCAGGAGUACAGUCUGGAGAAGAGGCCCGAAGGACUCCUGUGACACCGCUGAGCCUGCGUGUUGACUGAAGCCUCCCUGUUUCUUAAAGCUUGGCUGUGGUGUUGAACGUGUUGGAGAGCAGGGAGAAGUGCUGAGAAAAGCUGUGUCAGCGGGAGAGGGCCACAAGCCAAGAGAGGCCUGGACUUAUCUGGAUGUCUGUAGGCCCACUUCACUACGUGGUGCGUCACUGUUUGAAGAAAAUGUUUCAAAACAGGUUCAUUUUAUGGAUGCUUUAAAGCGUCUGAUAGGAAUUGCUUUGUGAAUAUGACCCACUCAUUACACGAGAAGACAGAGGAGCUCAAUCGCCUCUCUUGUAUGGUACCUCACAACAUUUGACAUGUAACAGUCUGACCAAUGAUAAAACAGCAGAUAAUCUUUGUAUAUUACUUGUUCCUAUGAGGUCGGACUCUAUGCAGGUUCCUCCACGCGAUGGGAACAUACUCUGUAACUAAUUACCUGUAUAGCUUAAUAUUUAAGUUUAUUUUUUAAGAUGUUUGUCUCAAACUUAGAGACAUCUGUGAUAACUUCAAUAGUCAUUUCAUGUAACCUCAUAUAUAUAUACAAUGCUAGAUUUUAAUCCAAUACUAAUGACGUGAUAUUAAUUAAAUAUGCUGUUACUCAUAAAAUUGAAUUAACCAUGCACAUUAUCUACUGGUGUAGUCAUAUGGAUGUUAUUACAGUGGAGUGCAUAGACGUGUAAGCCUUGCUGUCUAAUAAAAACCAUAUACACUAUAA